AUGGCAUCUGGAAUAUCUGCACCGGCAGGCAUAGAGGACACUGGGAGAGAAAGAGGAAAAGGGUUACUACACCUUGAUGUACAACAAUCAGUAGACUUGGAAAUGCUUGCCUCUGAUAGUACCACUUACGAAAAUGAAAUAUGCUGUCAAGAUAGUCCACUGGUCUUACAGUCUGACAGGAAUGUAACAGUGAAUGCAAGAAAUCACAUGGGGCAGUUAACUGGACAGCUGACCAUAGGAGCUGAUGCUGUGGAAGCUCAGUGUAAGAGAUUUGAAGUGAGAGCCAGUGAAGAUGGCAGGGUGCUGUUUUCUGCAGAUGAAGAUGAGAUUACCAUUGGUGCUGAAAAGCUGAAAGUUACAGGCACUGAAGGAGCCGUAUUUGGGCACUCUGUGGAGACGCCGCACAUCAGAGCAGAGCCAUCCCAAGAUCUCAGGCUUGAAUCACCCACCAGAUCCUUGAUCAUGGAAGCUCCUCGUGGGGUCCAGGUGAGUGCUGCUGCAGGAGACUUCAAGGCCACCUGCAGGAAGGAGCUCCAUUUGCAAUCUACAGAAGGGGAGAUAUUUUUAAAUGCAGAGACAAUCAGGCUGGGAAAUCUACCAACUGGCUCCUUCUCAUCUUCUUCACCCAGCUCCUCAAGUUCUCGGCAGACAGUGUAUGAACUCUGCGUCUGCCCCAGUGGUAAACUGUACCUUUCUCCAGCAGGAGUAGGUUCCACUUGUCAGUCCAGUAGCAACAUCUGCUUGUGGAGCUGAAGUGACUGAUUUCUCCUCACACCAGAAUAGCCUUUUGUUCCUGUCCGUCUGCUUCACAGUUCUGCUCGGUUUCCCUUGUGAUCAGUCCAGAGCUUCUUUGAAUGGUCCACAGAGCUGCUUCCAGUGUGAGCAGGGAUUCGCCACCACCUUCUCUUGUGAUUUACUGUACUGCUCAACGCAGAAGGUGUGAUUGACACAGCAGUGGAAAAAGCGUCGUCAGCAGGAAAACUGGAUCAAGACUUUUGCUCAAAAGGGAGAAUAACAUAGGUGCCUUUGCUACGCGAAGUGAAGCACACAGUUUUAGAUUUUUGCAGGAACGGGAUAUGAACUGCACAUAUACACAUUACAUAAAUGAAAUUCCCAGUAUCCAAUGGCAAGAUGAAAUGGUUAACCCUGUAAGAAAACUUAUUCUACAGUCUGAAAGCACAAUUUUCCAUUCAUCUUUUUGGAUGUAAACUUUUAUCCCCAACUUUUAAAAUUUUAAAGCAUUAUGUAAUGCUUGCUUUACUAAAAAUUAAAUUCAAUACAUGGUUUUUAACAAAACAAAACAAAACAAUACAGAAUCUCUCCCUGA